GUUAAGUGUAUAUUGAGUCCAUCUGUAGUAUGGCUGCCAAAAGUGUGUAUCAUAAAGAUUAAUACGAGUGUGCCUGUCUCCGGAAUAGCGUCGGCGCUCGUGCGCGUCGAUACCCAUCUUUUUGCGUUUGCUUCUCCUCUCCCGUUUGCCAAGUCCCCGUCCGUGCCUUCGCAGUAGAAUUCACAGCACGCACAUGUUUGCACUGCUUGCUCGCUCGCUCUACAUUGCGAGUGAAGGCUGCUCACUUCACAUUUUGCCCAGAGAUGGCAUUGCGAGCUUAGCGAUCGAGUCGCUCUGCACAGCGAAUCACUGAAUGGGAAAGAGAAAAAAGGCAGCUAAGGGGCAAGUAGAGAGUCCGUUCCGUAGGAGCCGUGCGCCCGCUCCUUAGCUCCAACCUGAGCACCUCUUUAGAUCAAUGGAUUCACAGAUCCAAGUCCCAGUGCUAGCGGACAGCUCCCGUAACAAGUGAAUCUCCCGGUCUUCUCCUCCUCCUCCUCCUCCUCCUCCUCUUUUCCUUCAGCAUAUGCAUUUUUUCCUCGCUUGCCUGGAACGUUUCAAUAAAGAUGGAGCAAACAAACAUUUGACUCGGCUCGCGUUGGUCUUUGACUUUUUUCAUUGGGAAAAUUAUUCUUUUUUGAUUUGCUUUGAAUUUGUGGGCUAUUGUUUUUCUCUUUUUUCCAUUUUUGAUUGUCUUCUUCUUCCUCACGAUGUUCCUCUUUUAAAUUAAACUUCACUACUUAAAAAGGGACAGCACGGCGGAGCGUGGAGUUUAUGUCUGUGGGACAGAAGCGUUUCAAUUGAGUCAUGGAGAAUACUCUUGGAUAUAUUGGUCUGAAAAAGCUAUUUUUUCUACUACUUUGGCUAACCAAUUUGAAAAGUGAUGCUGCAGCAAGUGACCCUGUGAAAAAUUUCAUUUCACUGCGAUUUGUCAGAGAGCCUGCUGAUUCCAUCGCAGUGAGAGGAGGAAAUGUGCUGCUGGACUGCUCUGUGGAAUCGAGCCAAGGCACACCAGUCAUUUCCUGGAAGAAAGAUGGCAUCUUUCUCGAUUCAGUGGUAGAAGACAGAAGACAGCAGCUAUCUAACGGUUCUCUCUUAAUUCAGAAUGUGGUGCACUCCCGACACCAUCGGCCAGAUGAAGGGCUCUACCAAUGCCAGGCUACCCUUGAAGGCGUGGGAGCAAUUGUAAGCAGGACGGCAAAAGUCACAGUAGCUGGUCCUCUGAAGCCGGUUGUCCAGACAGAUUCUGUUUCAUCUUUUGUUGGAGACAUGGCCCUACUGAAGUGUGAGGCAAGUGGGGAGCCGAUGCCACUGGUGCGCUGGCAGAAGAACCGGGAUGACUUACCUCUAGGUGUUGGUGGCGAUGGCCGUAUUGUGGUGCUGCCAUCUGGGACUCUUCAGGUCAGCAGGGUCCAGCCAUCAGACUCCGCCACCUAUCGGUGUUUUGCCGAAAAUCCUGGGAGCUCUCGGACUGGCAAUGACGCUGAAUUGAAAGUAUUAGCAGAACCAGGCCUUCCUCGAGCCAUAACAUUUCUUCAGAGACCAUUUGAUGUUACUACUCUAGAAGGAAAAGAUGCCAUUCUGGAAUGCUCUGCUUCUGGGUACCCAAAUCCAAACUUUCAAUGGAUGCGAGGGAGUGAACUCGUUCAAAUGAGAUCUAAAAAAUAUUCCUUACUCGGAGGAAGUAAUCUGCUUAUUACAAGAGUUACGGAUGAUGACUCUGGGACCUACACUUGUGUGGCAUCAACCAAAGCUGAAAACAGCAGUGCUACAGCGGAGUUGUCUGUGAUGGUUCCUCCGAGGUUUUUAAAUUAUCCCGCUAACCUGUAUGCCUAUGAAAGCAUGGACAUCGAAUUAGAGUGUACCGUGACAGGAAAGCCCGCUCCCACAGUUCAGUGGGUCAAGAAUGGGGAAGUGGUUAUCCCAAGUGAUUAUUUUCAAAUUGUGGGUGGAAGUAAUCUUCAUAUUCUUGGGCUUGUUAAAUCAGAUGAAGGAUUUUAUCAGUGUGUGGCAGAAAAUGAUGCAGGAAAUGUUCAAGCCAGUGCUCAACUUAUCAUUCAGGAACCAGUUGUCCCGAGCACCAGUGCCCUCCCUUCUGCCCCCCGAGAUGUGGUCCCUGUCCUGGUUUCCAGUCGCUUUGUCCGGCUAAGCUGGCGCCCUCCUGCAGAGACCCAUGGAUCAAUCCAGACGUAUAGUGUCUUCUUCAGCAGAGAAGGAGUCAACAGGGAAAGGGCAAUGAACACAUCACAGCCAGGAGCACUGCAGAUUACCAUUGACAACUUAAAGCCCGAAGCGACGUAUUCUUUCCGUGUGGUGGCUUACAAUGACCGGGGACCAGGAGAGACCUCACAGGCUUUGAAAGUAUCCACCCAGCCAGAAUUGCAAGUUCCUGGACCAGUAGAGAACAUGCAGGCUUUAGCCACAUCUCCAACUUCAAUUCUUGUUUCUUGGGAAGUUCCUGCUUAUGCAAAUGGGCCCAUUCAAGGUUAUCGGUUAUUUUGCACGGAGGUGUCAACAGGAAAAGAACAGAAUAUAGAGGUGGACAACCUAUCUUACAGACUGGAGGGACUGAAGAAGUUUACGGAGUAUUCAGUGCGACUCCUGGCAUAUAAUCGAUAUGGACCUGGCAUGGCUACAGAGGACUUGACAGUUUCCACACUUUCUGAUGUGCCCAGCUCCCCUCCUCUGAACAUUUCUUUGGAAGUUGUCAACUCAAGAAGUAUCAAGGUCAGCUGGAUGCCCCCUCCUUCAAACACGCAGAAUGGCUUCAUCACUGGUUAUAAAAUACGGCACAGGAAGACUGGACGCAGAGGGGAUCAGGAGACAUUGGAGCCUAACAAUCUAUGGUACUUGUUUACAGGGUUGGAAAAAGGAAGCCAGUACAGUUUUCAAGUAGCUGCCAUGACAGCAAAUGGGACUGGACCUUCAAGUGAGUGGUAUACAGCUGAAACUCCUGAGAAUGAUCUUGAUGAAUCACAGGUGCCAGACCAACCGAGUUCGCUCCAUGUUCGACCACUUACCAACAGUAUUGUCAUGAGUUGGACUCCUCCUUUGAAUCCAAAUAUUGUAGUCAGAGGAUAUAUCAUUGGAUAUGGCGUGGGAAGUCCUUACGCGGAAACUGUCAGAGUAGACAGCAAGCAACGAUACUACUCCAUUGAGAACCUUGAACCAAGUUCCCAUUAUGUUAUUUCCCUGAAGUCAUUUAACAAUGCAGGUGAAGGAGUUCCUCUGUAUGAGAGUGCAGUUACGAGAUCUAUGACAGACCCUAUUGACUCAUCGGACGAUGAUCUCUACCAUCUGUUUGAUAAAUUCCCUACCCCAGUCCCAGAUACCUCCACUCCCAUGAUCCCACCAGUAGGUGUACAGGCCGUUGCUCUCACACCCGACUCUGUGAGAGUCAGCUGGGCAGACAACUCUGUUUCCAAGAACCAGAAGACUGCCGAGGUCCGCUUCUACACUGUCAAGUGGAGGACCAGCUACUCGACCAGUGGAAAAUACAAGUCUGCAGACACCACGGCUCUGAGCCAUACAGUGACUGGACUCAAACCCAACACCAUGUACGAGUUUGCCGUUAUGGUAACCAAAGGCCGCAAGUCAAGCACAUGGAGCAUGACGGCACAUGCCACCACCUAUGAAGCAGCUCCCAGUUCUGCCCCUAAGGACCUCACAGUAAUAAGCAGGGAGGGCAAACCUCGAGCUGUGAUCAUUAGUUGGCAACCUCCACUUGAGGGCAACGGAAAAAUCACAGGAUACAUUCUCUUCUACACGCUUGACAAGAACAUGCCAAUUGAUGACUGGGUAAUGGAGUCCAUUAGUGGAGACCGCCUCACUCACCAGAUCAUGGACCUCAACCUUGACACUGUUUACUACUUCCGCAUCCAGGCCAAGAAUGCAAAGGGAGUCGGCCCGCUGUCUGACUCCAUUCUCUUCAGAACACCCAAAGGUUGGAAAUGUCUCACAAAACUUGAACACCCUGACAAAAUGGCUAAUGACCAAGGUCGCCAUGGUGACGGAGGAUAUUGGCCGCCUGACACUAAUCUGAUUGACAGGAGUAGCCUUAACGAGCCUCCUAUUGGUCAGAUCCACCCACCACAUGGUAGUGUGACUCCACAGAAGAACAGCAACCUUCUUGUAAUAAUCGUGGUGUCAGUUGGUGCUGUAACUAUUGUCGUUGUGGUUAUUGUGGCUGUCAUUUGUACUCGGCGCUCUUCUGCACAACAACGAAAGAAACGUGCCACACACAGUAUAGGCAAAAGAAAAGGCAGUCAAAAAGACCUGAGGCCCCCAGACCUAUGGAUUCACCAUGAGGAAAUGGAGCUGAAGAACAUUGAGAAGCCCACUGGCUCUGACCCAACUGGCCGGGACUCACCAAUGCAGGGUUGUCAGGACAUCACACCUGUCAGCCACAGCCAAUCAGAAAGCCAGAUGGGCAGCAAAAGCAGCCACUCAGGAGCAGAUGCUGAUGAAGUGGCCAGCAGCAUGUCUACCUUGGAGAGGUCCCUCGCUGCCCGCAGGGCAACACGCACCAAAUUAAUGAUCCCAAUGGAUUCCCAACCUAGCAAUCCACCUGUUGUAAGUGCCAUUCCAGUGCCAACUUUAGAGAGUGCCCAGUAUCCUGGAAUUCUACCAUCUCCCACUUGUGGGUACCCUCACCCUCAGUUUACAUUACGGCCUGUGCCAUUCCCGACCCUUACUGUUGAACGGAGCUACGGAUCAGCAAUGACUGAGGGCGCGGCAGUACAUUCCCAGCAACCAUCCCUGCUUGCUCAAACGCAAGCUGAGCAUUCAGUACCAGAGGAGGUACCCAGCAGGACCAUCCCCACAGCCUGUGUCCGGCCCACCCACCCACUCCGAAGCUUUGCCAACCCCUUGCUACCUCCCCCAAUGAGUGCCAUAGAGCCCAAAGUACCCUACACACCUCUUCUGUCUCAGACAGGUGCAAAUCUUCCAAAGGCUCAGGUGAAGACUGCCUCCUUGGGAUUAGCUGGAAAGGCAAGAUCACCAUUACUUCCCGUCUCUGUACCAACAGCUCCUGAGGUAGCAGAAGAAGGGAAUAAACAGUUGGACGAUCCCUCAAGUGUAUAUGAGCAAGAUGAUCUGAGUGAGCAGAUGGCUAGUCUAGAGGGACUAAUGAAACAACUGAACGCCAUUACUGGCUCGGCCUUUUAACAGUGACACCCAACGGGGGCAAAACAAGUAGAAGCAUCACAGCACACCCAGUAUUCCACUAAUGAAGAUGCUGACAGGGAGAGGCAACGCACUGCUGGACCUUAAGGAUGCAAUUCAGCUCAAGCUAACAGACACUACAGCUCUGACUUCUCUGAAGAAGAUUCAUUUGGAUGAGGCUUUAAGUUAAGGGAAACUGUCAAGCAAAAUAACAAACUUGAACUGUUUCCAUUAUUUUUGUUUUUCUGUAAUUAAUCUUUUUGUUGGUAUUUAACAGCCUAAGUUCAUGUUUUUUCUGCUGUAGGCUCAGGAUCUGAAAAUGAAUUGUGAUCAGACUUCAUACUGUGCCACUGAUUUAAUUUGGUUUCAGAUAUUCCAGAAACACAUCCACAGAAGUGACAGGAUACAAGAUUACUGAUUGUAGUCAGUUUUGGAAAAAAAAAGGCAAUCUUUGAGUUUUUGCAGAUAUACAUCAAGUUGUUUCACCAUUUUCCAGCUUUCUCAGUUAGAUGUGAAAGGACACUCACAAUUUGCUGCUGGUUUUAAAGCUGGCGUGUUUAAUGUAUUCCUAAUUUAUUUCUAUUUUUCUAGCAUUUUUUGAGGAAAACUUCUGUGAUCUUGUAGACAUUUUCAAAACUCCUUCACAUGGUGGCCCAGAAGAAUUGGCUUUGUUCAUAUUAAAAUAAAAACCAAUGGGUGAAGAAAAGAGUGCACAGUAUAUAGUUAGAAAUCCAAGUCCUUUUAAAAUUAAAAAAGGAUUUUUUUUUUCCUAACCGAAUGUGGCAGUUAAUUAAUAAAAUUCCAUCUUUAUUGUUAUGCUUCAAAAAAGAGUACAGAGAUUCAAGGGAUAUUUUUCCCCAAAUGAGUUUAUAUUUUUAUUACUAGUUACAGGCAAAUCUACCAAAAAAAAAAACCUUAUGGCAUCAGUGCUAUGUUCUGUAAACUUACCAGGAAAUGCAAUUUAUCCUUUAUUUCUUUGGAGGCGUAAACAGAAGGAGAAUGAACAGAACAGUUCAGUGUUUUGUUCCAGUCAGCCCAACACAAGAAUUCACCACAUUUACUGGGUGUGCAUCAAAACCAGAGUGACACUGAAGAGCUUCAUUUUUGGCCACGGAAGCCAAUGUUUCUUGUGCGCGUACAUCUGACGAUAGUAAGACUGACUUUUUAUUUCAAUUUUUGUACUGCUGACCAACCCCCAGAGCACACAGUAUUUUUAUAAGAAAAGCACCAUUUCUUUUGUUUUUGCCACUAGCCAAAUCACCAGACUUUAUUCAGAAAAUGUCGAACUCUCUUUUGCAAUUAGCCAUUGUGACGGUGUGUCAUUAGUUGAACGUGUAAGAGCUGAAGUGAACUGAGCCUGUUAGAAAAGUGAGAUUACAUAAAUGAAUACAUUUACAAAGAAAGAAAUAAUCAGCUAACAUGAAAAAAUACGUAUAUAGAAUCUGAAUUGCAGGACUUCUGCUUUCCCUCAGCUUGCUUUUCAUGCUCCAUAGCGUAGCAGGGCUUGAAUUCACAUCCUGCAUUGGAGCAACUCGGGACAAGGUGUCUGCCAGUGUGAGCUAAAUAAAUGUUUAUUUUAUUUUAUUUCUUUACUAAUCUGUACAAUGUCCCUGUCUUCCUAUGAAAAAGUCACUUAAACCAUCUUGAAUGUGGCUUUCUAUAAGCAAGUAGUAACAAUUUGUUUUUGUUUUUUUGUAGACAAUUUUAAUUUUAAUGUCCUCAAAAAUAACCUUAAAAUACAAAAAUACAUAUUAAUAUUUGCUGUUAUGAAAAAAUAAUCUGUGUGAGUACUGUACCUUGGAAGUUAUUCUCAAAUCCAGAUAAUGUAAAUGUGGAUUCCUGAGUUUCUCGAAUGCACUUUUACAUUGCGGUAUAGCAUGACCGUCCACUGACAAGUGCAACUUUCUGAUGCAACACAUAAGAAAAAUGAAAAAAAAAAAAAAAAGUUUAUUUUUAUAGCAUCUUUCAUAAAGUAUAACUUGAGAGCAGGCUGUAAAUAUGCAUCCUGGAGCUCUUUUUCCUCAGAUUCCUUUGAGGUAAACAUACUGUACAGUUGACUGUGGUUUCGUGAGUGUGUCAAAUAAAGUCACUACGGUCCUUUGUCCCCAACUACUCAAGAAUUCAUUUGUCAGACUAAGCCAAGAUUUACUUUUGUCGCUGUUUUCCCUUUUGAUUAAUCACACAUAAUGCUCACUAAUGGCAUACUGACCGUUUAUUAUAACUGCUUCCUUUACAAACUUCUAGUGUUUACUAAAUACUGUACUGUGUGUUUGUCUCAUCGACUUCAUUCUUUUCAUAAAUUGUCAGCUUCACAAUGAAACCAACACACAAGCUCAUCAGGAGAUGACGGGAUAUGACGCCACAUUUUAGUGCUUGUGCGCAAAAUAAAAAGUUCUGCUUUCCACUGAUUUGUCCACUAUCAUGUAGAUCAGGUAGACUGGAAAAAUAGAAGAGAUUUCUCAAAAACUAGCACAAGCAAAACUACAAUUAACAUUCAACCCCAUUGUCUUCUUUAUUAAGGUGACUAAAAUAAGUAACCAGUGUAGAAUUUGAACGAGGUGCACUGGAAAUCAGUCUCCUCCACCUUAAGAAGCAAAGCACCUCCAGAUAUGUCCUCAGUCCCAGUAUUACACUCACCUAGUAUUCCAUGCCAGCCAUCUUGUUUAAUCGCAUUUUGUCUUACAUCGAUGCUUUGCACUUUUAAUGGAAAUGACCCCCAACUUGCACAUUUUUUCCUGUUCAGUUUUUCUUUCUUUGUGUAGUUAAUCAAUAGGUGUCUUCGGUUUAGUGGAAAGCAUAUGACUUGGAGACUUUAGACAUUAUUUUCCCAGUUUUUCCAUUUUCAAGUCUUCAAGUAAGUUGCUGUUUUCCUGCUAAUGUUGCAAAUGAUUCUUUUUGCCACUAGCUUUGAAAGACAUUAUAUCUGUUAAGUGCUUCACCCUGUUUAUAAAGAGCAAUUCUGAAUUCACUGCCCAGUGAGGCGGAUGAGCAAAUCCUUAACAGAUGUUUGAUCACUGGUGAGCUUACUAAAAACAAAUUGAAUCCACUUAUUUAAUGGACAUGGCUCCGUUUGGUUCAUUGCCAUCAUUCAGACACCCUGUUAGAAGUUUGAAAAUAUGCUAAAAUGCAACCUUGGCAAGAGUAAACUAGGCACGUGGCAUGAUUAGACUUCAGUAAAUGCACAUUGACAGUAUUCAUUUUAGCACACGGUGUUUUACUUUAUUUGUUAAUUUGUCACACACUAAUGUCUUUCAGAGAUGCUUUUUUGAAACUGGCCACCAUUUCAAAAGGCACAGAUGAUGCAUAGCAUUUUUUCAACCUCAUACAACCUGAGCAUAAUUUGUGCUUUGUAUCGGUCUUGAGUAUUUUUGGUUUUCUCAGGGGCUACUUGAUUGUCAUAAUAAUUUCAUGAUAAGUAUAUUUAUAUUUUUUUUUCUUCUUAACGAAGAUUGUCUUGUUUUGUAAAAGUAAUUAUUUUUCUUUAGACACCUCCAUUUUGUCAAAUAGAUGGUGGGAACUUGUUUAUGUGCCUGAACUAUUUAUUUUCUUUGUCCUUUCUUUUCAUAUAUGAAACAUUACUGCUAGUAUAUUGCCUUGUCCUGCUUAGGCAGCUUUAAAGAAAAAAAAAACAUAAAAAACAGAUCUCCACCCUUCCCAUAACACACAUGGUAGGCGUAUCUGGAAGAGUGGCAGUUAUUUAUUUUUAUGGUAUGCCCUACGAGUACACUUGUGUAUGAGAAAGAAAGAAAGAAAGAAAUGAAAUGAAAUGCAGAGAAGGUGAUGCUGUUUUUAUUGUAAAAUAUGUCAAGCAGUUCCAGUUACUGUGAAUUGCUAAGUAGGUAGGGUUUUCUAGGGAGGGAUGGUGGGAGGGUAUGUCUUAUGAUUAAUAUUUAAUUUAUUAUCUAGAGUGUUCUUUUUGAUAAAUUUUGAAGACGCUGGAAAUUAAACUUAGGCUCUAAAACGGCCAUAUCCAACUCCCAUGACACUUUCACGGUUCCCUUCAGAUUUUUGCUUAGUGCCUCACCUUCCUCUGAUGCACACAAAUACUGUAUUUUACCUUCAUUACUUAAAUGCAGUAUAUUUGGAUACAGGAUUAUUACCUCACUUCAACUUAGUUACAGUAUUUUAGUGGCUCUUGGAAAAAUUUCAUAACCAUGGAUUACAUUUUUAUGUUUUUUAGUAAGCAAUCAGCACAAUUGUGUUUAUUUGAAUAUAAAGGUGUAACAAAAUAAAAUCUAAAUCAUAAUUUAUAUCCAAUUUCUGUAAUAUAACUGAAAUUGCAUAUGCGGUCAAGUACCUAAAUGAUUUGAUAUAUAUAUCAUUUUCAUAGGUAAUAAGAGAUGUACUAUCAUAAAAAGACUUGACAAAUUAUACACAUUAACAUAAGAUUGCGAUCAUAGUCGUAAAACGUACGUACCAUUUAAAGGUCCUGGGCUGUACUCUCCAAAUAGUUGGACUUUAAGACCAAGAACAACCAGUAGUACUUGAUAAACUAUGGUGGGCUCACUCCAAGCGAUAAAAUAGCGAAAGCCAUAAAUACCCCAUAGUGUACCAUGCUGUGUUCAUUUGUUUUCUGUGAAACAUCAUAGGACAUUUUUAUAUAGAGGUUGAACACAGAAAUAUGCAAACUUUCAACCACACUCACCAAAUAAUUAUAGUUUUCAUAGGAAAGUCGUUGCGCGCCAAUUUUAGCUCGGGUCCAUACUCGCAUAACGAUCAAAUACAGUACUUUAAAUAGGAAGAUGGUCUGUGUCCCCUUUUAACUUUUCAUGUGCAUCGACACUGUCCACUGAUGUGCUUUGUAUUAAAAACGUUUGCCAUAAUUAUGUUACAAUUCUAUAGUUGCUAAUCAGCAAAACUGUAAAGGUAAGAUAAAUCCCAAAUGAUUAAACAGAAAAACUGUGUGACUAAAUGAAUGAAGAUCCCUUUGUUUGCUAAAAACACCUGAUGAUAAAAGUGAAGAGCGGCAGUUUGGACAAGUCAUUUCAGUCAAAUCUGCCAAUGGCACAGAACACAGUGCUACUUCCUCACAGCCCCAGGAGUCUGCUUCAGAUCCAUCCCUGAUCACUGUCCGAGUUGAGUCUGCGUGUUCUCCACACGUCUAUGUGAGUUUCCUCCUUGCUCUGUCUUUCCUCUCAGUGCCAUAUUAGGUUGAUUGGUGACUCUGAGUUAAAUCCAUGUAGGUGUGGAAAUUAGUGAAACCGGUGAUGGAGUCACAGCUGGCUUCAGGGCUGUCUCUAGUGACCUACAGCCGUGUUGUAAUAAGUGGCUUCAAAAAAUAAAUGGGUGAAUGAAUUUAAUAACAAAGUGUACAGAAAGUACUAGGAAAUGACUACGAAAUACGUAAAGACAAACUGGUGGGCUUUAUUUAGGAAUUUCAAAAUUUGUUUGGAGGAAACCUAAUGUGAUGGUUGCUUUGAAUACCUAACAAAAUGUAAUUAAAUGUUCGAGCAGCCCCAAAUUAAGACUAGGAAAUGCGUGAAGCAAUAAUGUAAGCGAGAAACAGGCUGGGGUCAGGAAACUGUAAGCAGCACACUAAAAAAAUGUAAGAACACAGAAAAGGUUCUUUAACUAGCUGAGAUACUUUGACCCAAAUUAUCACUAAUAUUAGUUGAAAUAGAUAAUCUUCUUUUAAAAUGUAUCCGAUGUUCGGAGAGCAUACGCUGCGCGCUACUCAUUGAAAUAGACUGAUGUAAUGAU